CUUUGUACAGGCAGAGAUGGCGAGGGUACACUCUUCGCCGUCGUUUUCUUCUUCUUCGUCGCCGGCGGCAGCUGCGGCGGCGUGCGCGGGCGAGAGAAGGGGGAAGGUGUUCACGCUGUGGCUGAAGUCGCUGGUGCUCAACGGGCGGGGGUGCACCGUGUACGACUCCGACGGCCACAUCGUGUACCGCGUCGACAACUACGGCUCCAAGUGCAGCGACAACGUCUGCCUCAUGGACCUCCGCGGCAACAUCGUCGUCAACAUACACAAGAAGAAGCUCGCGUUUGGCAAGUGGGAAGGGUACAAGUGGACCGGCCGGAAGCAAGAGGCGAGCGCAUGGUUCAAGGUGGCGCGGCCGCGCGGCGGCAUCUUCCACCGGAGCGGCGGCCGCCCCUCGUCGUCGCCGUGCGAGUUCGAGAGCGACGCCGGCCGUGCCAUGCGGUACAGGAUCGACGACGACGGCGGGGCGCGCGCCGGGAAGCGGGCGUGCUGCAGGAUCGUGGACGCCGGCACCGGGCUGGUGGUGGCGGAGGUGAAGAGGAAGGUGACGGCGGGCGGGGUGGCGCUCGGGGAGGACGUGCUCGCCCUGGUGGUGGAGCCCGGCGUCGACGACUCGCUCAUCAUGGGGCUCGUGCUCGUCUACGGGCUCAUGAAUCGCACCAUGUGAAGCAAAACCAGAACAGAAUAGAGACUUUUACAGUCUUUCUUCGUGUGAAUUACCGUGUAACUGCGAGUAGAACGACUUCCUAGUGUGACACAGAUGACUGAUCUACAAGUGAUUUUGAUUCCAUGGCGUUUGUACUGCCAAAAAUGUUCAGCGUCGCCUAAGAUGUGUUUAACAAAACACACUUGUUCCCCAGGUUCGAUCAGUGCAAGUUGUUUAUUCCCA